CACUGUUGUUUGUUUUGAAAUGAUAGGGCUUGGGAACAGCUGCCGAGGGAUGAAGUCUCCACCUCUUCUCGUGGCUGCGCUCCUGGCAUGUAUCAUUGUCUUGGGAUUCAACUACUGGAUCGCCAGCUCUCGCAGCGUGGAUUUGCAGAAUCAGGUCUUGGAACUGGAAGUCAGAGUGCGCAGAGCAGCAGCAGAGAGGGGCGCAGUUGAGCUGAAGAAGAACGAAUUCCAAGGAGAGCUGGAGAAGCAGCGAGAGCAGAUUGAUAAAAUCCAAUCCUUACACAGCUUUCAGAUGGAAAAUGCCAACAAAGUAUAUCAGGAAGAGAAGGCAACACUGAUGAAUAACAUCACAACAAAUGAGCGAUUGAUCCACACUCUACAAGAUCAUUUGAAGGAGCUACAGACAGAAUACGGAAAGCUGCAGCUGGAUGUUUACCGGUUUCAGAAGAACCAAACGAACCUUCAGAGAAAGUUCUCGUAUGAUCUGUCACAAUGCAUUAAUCAGAUGAAAGAAUUAAAAGAACAAUGUGAAGAAAGAAUAAGUGAGCUUACAAAAAAGAGCAAUGAUGUACCAAAGGACAGAGAAAACAAGGAAGCCUCAGAAGAUUCCAAGAAGAAUCCCCAGGUUAAUGCUCAGCUGCCCACCUUUAAGCAAGGGGAGUUCCAGCAGACUGUUGUGGAAAAGCCGAAGGCUGAUGGAGACCUACCCAGAGUAGCACCUACAGCAAGAAGGGCAGACUCUCCUCAACCUAAAGAUGCCGGCCCUGUCGUGGUCGGGAAGCGGGCGCCGGGCGCGGCGGAGGCGGAGGCGGCCCCUGCGAGCGCGCCCGGGCCGCAGCCCCGCCACGGCUCGCCCGCGGCCUCCGCACGCCCCGCCGAGGCCAAGGGCGGAGCGGGCCGCGAGGCCGCGGCGCCCACCGCAAAGCACCGCGACGGCGGCAACGGCCACAACGGCGACGGCGGCAACAAUGGCGGUGACGACGAGGUGGAGCGGGAGCAGCUCCUUGGCUACGACGGCCGGCAGGGGGACCCGCGCGCUGAGGAGCACAAUGACAAACAAGGACAUGAAGCACUGAACAAGGACCAAGAGGUUGACUAUGAUUUAGAUGAGAAUGAAGCUGAAUCUGAAACAGAGAAGCAAGCUGCGCUUACAGGAACUGAAAAUAACUUAAAUGUUCCAAACCAGGAAGAUAAUGAUGUGAAGAACCACUUACUUGAUCAAGGCAAAGAACGGCAGAAGUUGUGAAUAACGGAGGUUCAUGAUGACUUAGUCACCUCUGCAUCAAUGAUGACAGCCAAAUGAUUUGAGAAUCUUUCAAUUACCUUCUCAAAGCUUAACAUGGAUUCAUAUGAAGUAUUUUUUGUUGUUGUGAAGUUCUAGAACUGUUUAAGUGGUGGAAAAACUAUCUUAAAUCUCUGGUGGCUUCUUUCAAAGCAGCCAGGCCUCUGUUAAAAGUCUUUCUUUCCUCCUGAUUAUAGAACUGAAACUAGCUAGCAAUAACUAUAGUAAUUUUGAAGUCAAAUACCUUGUACAAUCAUACUGUGAUAAGAGCUUGUGUGUGUUGGUGGUAGGUGGGAAAGAGUACUCUGCCUGAGCAAUGCAAUAGAGAUCCCCAACCUAGCUUUAAGAGGACAUUAGACUAACACACUUUGACAAAACAUGUGAAAAGGAGAUAAAUUGUCCCAUUCUGCUGUCUACUCUCAUCGCAGUUCUGGAGCCUUUUAUACUUCAAUGUAGGUAGGAAGGUUUUUGGGUCUCGUAGACCAGAUAUGUGAGCUUAUGAGGUCUCUACCAAGAUCUUGUCAUUGUACUGGUUUAUUUCGUAGCUUUUAGCUGAUAACAGUAUCUUCACUGUUCACUGUUCACUGAAAGUGUAUAACACUUUCACAAUAAGAUUAACCUAGCUCUAUAGGAAUUUUUUUUUGAAAGUAGUGUUUGUUGGACUCCUCAUUUGCACAACUUGCACAACUUCAGAGCGCAAAAGCUCUGUCAAAUUGACUCCUGAACUUUUGAUGAGAGGUGCCUUCUGACAUGGUGUGUUGUCUCUACCUUUUAUUCCACCCAGGCAGUAUCUUGUGCUAAAAAGUAGAGAGGCAAAUACUUGAUAAACUAAGCAAAUUGCCCCUUGUACUCUUGAGGAAGGUAAACUAGACUAUGCAUUUAACAGACAUUCAGUGUUUCCAACAGGGAAAGUUGUAAGUGUUGUGAAGUGCUGUGUGAUGCACAAUGUUGUUCAUGUUCUGUAGUUGUCAUUUUCUUUUGCAACUUAGUGAAGGUAAACUAGAAACUAGUUUACUGGGGAUAAACCAGAAAUACUCUCAACUACCACUAAGACACUCUUAGGAACCCCAGCUGCCUGCCUUCGGUCAGGCAUCUGCUACAAGGAGGGAUUUUCAAAGCUGAUGAGGUCCCGUCAUGACUUAAAUACUUCUGAGCGCUUCUGUGACGUUAUGCUAAUCCCAGCUGUUACUCGGUUGCUCAUAAGUUUGGGCCAGAGUUUACCUCUAAACUUCCGGGACAGAAACUAUGGGGAGUUGUUUCCCAGUAUUUGGUGCUGCUGAUGGCAGUACACCAUGCCGUAUUCUAGAUAGGUUGCAGGGCAAAAAGAAACCAUUUUUAACUGCACUUUGUAUAAAUUGGUCAUUUUAAGUAUUGCAUUUGUGCCUGUUCUUAGGAAAAGCCUAAGAUCCAUCUUCUAUAUAGAUCCAUCUUUGGGAGAAUGAACCAGCCUAAACAUCGCAGCAUGAAAGAAGAAAGAAGACAUGACUAACUUCCCCACUUAAAUUAUGAAACUUAAAUUUCAUUUAAGCAAGUCAUGACUGUGUUUUAAUGUGCUUUUUGAUGAUCAUUAUCACUGUGUGUCGUUAUUCUAGUGUGCUAGUUUACAGCUCCUGUAUCUUAAGAUGGCUAAGUGUGCAAGUAGAGUUCAGUUUUCUUACAUACAUGAAGAGUAGUAGUUUAAAAGAGCAAAAAAACCAGGAUCCACAUUCAAUCUUACCUAUUAUGUCUAAAUUCACAGUUUACCACUGAGACUGCCUAGUUUAAUGUUAAUUAGUCUAAAGAAGGCACUGACCUCUGUUACUGAGUUCAUCCUGGUUAGUGUGUUUUUGACUUCUUAAGCUGGAUUUACAAGUGCUAGACUUUUUUUUUUUUUAAGGAAGAUGAGCAUCUCUUCUAAAAAAGACAAGUAAUGAGAAAGUUGAGACGUUUCUGUUUUGUUGAAUUUUGCUUUGAAAUAUUUUUCUGUAAACCAAGGUACAACUUAUAAAAAUGCUUACACAGAUUCCAAAUAAAACAGACAUUAAGACUUAACUUAUACUAUCAGUUGAGGUAAAAUCAAUCUGAAAUUUAAAAGUGAUUGUUAAGCAACAUUCAUGCUAGUAAAAUUCAGCACUACAUUCAAAUUGAAUGUAGUUUAAACUACUACUUAAACUACUUAAACUGCAAAAAUCCUAGGAAAAAAAUAAUCAUAAAAUUCUUCUAAAAACACUUUUGUUGGCUGCACUUCUGUAAAAUAGCUGAACUUUUCUGGGAUCUUUUGUAGACACUUGAUGGUGCCUCCUCAUAACCAGGACAGCCUUGUCCUGUCUCUCAAUAGCAGGUGUCUGAAAGCCCAUCUAAAAGCAGUGUUCAAGAAUACAAAGGA